AUGCCGCAAUAUGCCCUCCCGGGAGCCAACCAACCCCACAAAACCCACCCGACGGGCCCGAGCCUUAAGCCUCGGCAUGGGCGCUGGUAUAUCCCCGUAGUCGCUGCAAUCGGACUCGGGUUCGCCGGCUACAACUACUACCAGGAAGCCAGAUCGCGCCGCGAGUUCGCCAUGGCCGAAGAGGAGAAGCGGCUCGCGCGGAACCAGCAGCUCAUGGACGCAUACGGGAACAAAGACAGUAUACACGAUGUGCAGCACGCGCUCGACACCUACCGUGCCCGAUGA